AUGCUGAGGACUGACGCCCCGGAGUUGAGGCUGCGGCGGGACCUGCAGCUCCAGCUGAGCCCUUUGGACGCCUGCUGCCUUUGCGGGGGUUCGCAGCUCCGGGCACGCGCUGUGAGCAUCACGGCCUUGGCCCAGGACCUGGUGCGUGCGCUGCAGGCCAUCUAUAACUCAAAGGCCAAAGCCGCGGUGCAGGACAAGGUGAAGCUCGUGGACUCCAUCCUGGCGGCCGGCUCCGACGCCCUGGAGGUCCAGUUCCUGAAGCUCUCCAACGAGGGCCUGAUCCGCGCGCGCGCCUCCAUCCCGGACACCGCGCAGCUCUCCUACGACGCGGGCGAGGCGCAGAGGAUCGCGGCGGUGGCCGGGCAGCUGUUCGCGGAGGAGGACGUGGAUUCGGCGGUGGCAGAAGAGACGAAGCCAGAGGUGAAAGUUCAACUCCAGGAGGUGCGGGUUGUCGCGCGCGGCGGGCAGGAAAAUGCGAGCUGGCAGGAGAAGCUGAAGGAACUUUACAUCCAGGCGCUACCGGCGCUGAAUUGCGCCUUUCGAAUCUACAUCUUGUGCAUGAUGAUUGCCUGUGCCGCAGCAAUCUGCUGGUGGUUUGGGCUCUGGAGAGCAUCGCUCGUAUACAUGAUGCUUAAGAAGAACCGGCAAUUCUGCGGGGACCCGCAAGAAAUGGAGUCGGCGGAAUUUGUGAUGAAGAAUCGGUAUAAUAUGAAGGAGGUGAUGGGUUUCUUUUUGCCUUCAGACAGGCUCAACGAGUUUGCAGCAGCGCUGCAGGGGCGACCCGCAACCUUGGCGCAGGCCUUGGUCUGA